AUGACAUCAUUCAAAUUUUUCUUGUAUAAUGUGAUGUUUGAAAAGGAGAUGAGACGGAACGUAUUUGUGCUUUUAUCUGUGCUUUUCGUCGUUAGUCUGCAGACGACAGAUUUCCAGGAUAACCUAAUAAAUGGUUAUCGGGCGCUGAUUGCGGACAUCCAGGUCCGAACUCAGAAAUCGCGGGAGGACAUGGACACCCUAGUAUCACAAAUAAAACUUUUAAUGAAGAACGAAGCUGAUAAAGCUAUUAACUACAUGACAGUUUAUUUGGAGCAGAUAUCUUUAUAUUUUCAGGUGAUAAUUCACGAUCGAAAGCCUCGGAACGGCACGUACUGCAAGGAGAGUAUCGUUAAACUCCUCGGAGAGAACCUGCAAUUGGCCGACGAGAACGUGACGUUAUGCUUGGCGCUCGGCUACCAGAGAGUACAGAGAUUACCAGAAAAACUACAAGUACACUUUGAGACGUUAGAAAAUCUAAAGAAGUAUUCGGCUUCGAAACUAUUCGAGUGCCAGAAACAACAGCAAGUCGGUGGGAACUGCUCUCACGAGAGCCAAGAUCUGGAGAGAACUGUGUUCCUGUAUGAAACAUCACCGUUUCCGGUGGUGAUGUCCGAAAUAGCUAUACACGGCUUCAAAGAAGUCUCAGAUCUAAGUGUUUGCCUCAAAGACAUCAUAUCACGAAUGAUGACGCAUUCCGUCAAAGUCAUAGGAGACUUCAACCGAUGCAUACAUAACAUUGAGAUGCCGAAACUGAAAUACUUGCUUAAGUUCAUGAAAAAGUACGCCUGAA